AGUCAGCAGAGCGGAUCGGUGAAACGGUUUCCGAAAGUGCCGUAGUUUGUGCCCUAGUAAAAAUCGCGUGCAAUCAUACGUCACCAGUAGCCAUGACAGAUCGCAUUGACCGGAAGUUGGCCAAUAUAUCAACGGGGGAACAUGCCACGGACAUAACGCAUCGCUAUCCAACGUUUCGUGACGAGCCGGCCAAGACGACGCACAACUGGCUAGAGGGCCGAAGGUACGACGAUGGUGCCGAAGGACUUUGGCGCAUUGGAGACAAUCUGUAUGACCUGAGCAGCUUCAUCCCGUCUCACCCUGGCGGUUCCGAGUGGCUGCGAAUAACGAAGGUAUUUAUUGUGGGAACGGACAUAACGGAAGCCUUCGAAACACAUCACAUCAGUCGCAGGGCGGAGCAGUUGCUUCCCAAGUUCUACGUCCGCCAAGCGACGCACCCUCGAAACGUGAGAUUAACGUUGAAUGAGAACGGAUUCUAUCGAACGCUGAAGAGACGCAUUCGGCAGAAGCUCGAUACCAUCGACACGACGCCAAAGACAUACUCUUGUCUGAUACUGGACGCACUGCUGGUGGCCGUGCUAGUGACGGCUUAUUUGGCCGUGAGCUUCAAGAGCUACGCCAUAGCAUUCGUUUGUUCGGUUUGCGUCAACGCAACCAUCAUCGCAGCACACAACUUUCUGCACAAACGGGACAACUGGCGUAUGCUGGCCUUCAACAUCGCUUUUCUCAGCUACAGAGAGUGGCGCGUGUCGCACGUGAUAUCUCACCAUCUCUAUCCCAACUCGCUAUUGGACAUGGAGAUAUCGAGCUUCGAACCAUUCCUCUGCUAUCUACCAUGGGGUGCGCUCAAGAGCAACAUCCAGCGGUACGGAUCGUGGUUCUAUGGCCCAUUCAUCUAUGGUGUCAUUUUUAUGAACGAGUAUCUGAAACGACUGAAGGACAGUUUCAAUCGCGGAAAGAACGGGUUCCACCUGGACGACGUGAUUCCGUUCCUGCUUCCCAUCUUCAUGUACGCGACAGGGCAGCAGAGCGUCGGCACUGUGGUACAGCUAUGGAUAUUCAUCGUACUAAUGGCGAGCUUGUGCUUUGGAUUGGUCGGCUUGAGCGCAGGCCAUCAUCACCCGAAGGCACUCCAUUCCGGUGACAUUUUUCCCGACGGGUGGGACUUUGGGCUGUAUCAGAUGGCGACAAUAGUCGAGCGUAGAGGAGUCGAAGGAUCACUCCUAAAGACGCUCACCACCUUCGGCGAUCACCAUUUGCACCACCUGUUUCCGACACUAGAUCACGCCAUUUUGCCGCAGCUUAAUGAUGUUUUUCUUGAAACUUGCAACGAGUUUAAUGUAGGAAAGCUAUCGAGCUCGUGGUUCUCCCAGUAUCUUGCACAAAAUUUACAGCUGGCUCGGAUUAAAUCACGACGGCACAUGGCUUAA